GGGGUAGGGGUUUGGCGGAGGGAGACUAGAGUAGAGAGACGGCACCUGAGAAGAAAAGGGUUUGUUCGGAAUUGGGGUCUGAUGCAGACCCUUGCCUCUCUCCUUCCGCCUUCUUCUCUUCCUCUCUUUUCCCCUCACCGUCCUCCUCGCUCGCGGUCCCUCUUCUCUCGCUCCCAAUUCCGACCUAUUACGAGUAAUCACGCCAGAAAGCUACGGCCCUUUAAGGUCUUUGCUUCGUCUACUUCUGCUUCCUUCGAUGAGCUCAACGCCAAUGGCAAAUCGCACUCCUCCAACUCCUCUAAGAAAUCCAUUCUCUCGAAUCUAAUUCAAGAGAUUGAACCUCUGGAUGUGAGCCUUAUACAAAAGGAUGUCCCACCUAAUACAGUGGAUGCCAUGAAAAGGACUAUCUCUGGUAUGCUAGGCUUGCUCCCUUCUGACCAGUUUCAAGUCUUAAUUGAGGGUUUCUGGGAGCCCCUAUCCAAAUUGUUGGUUUCUUCAAUGAUGACGGGGUAUACACUACGCAAUGCUGAAUAUAGGCUUUGUCUUGAAAAGAACUUUCAGAUAGACGAAGGGAAUUUUGAGAAAAUAAAAUCAGAAAAUACUAAAACUGAUGCUCACGGGAUGUCACUCAAUAGUGGGCAGAGAACAUUUGAAUUUUCUGGAGAAAAUGAUUUGUUACGUAAAUCUGAAAGAUUUGAAGAUGACCUAUCACACGAGGGUCUGGGGAUUCAAGGUCUUGGUGAAAUGACUCCUGAGGCUAGGCAGUAUAUUCUUCACUUGCAGUCUCGUUUUUCUUCUGUCAAAAAGGAACUAUAUGAAAUCAAACGGAAAAAUGCUGCGCUUCAAAUGCAACAGUUCGUUGGGGAAGAAAAGAAUGAUUUGCUGGACUACCUAAGAUCAUUGCAACCAGAAAAGGUGGCUGAGUUGUCAGAACCAACAUCCCCGGAGUUGCAAGAGACCAUUCAUAGUGUCAUACAUGGUCUCCUCGCAACCCUUUCUCCUAAGAUGCACUCAAAGGCUUCUCUACUCCAAGAGAACACAUCAAUUGGGAUUGGUAAGGAUGAAGAUUGUACUGAACUUCUUGAGAACACUUCCAUUCAAUUCCAGCCGCUCAUUUCAGUAACUCGGGAUUACCUUGCUCGCCUGGUGUUCUGGUGCAUGCUAUUGGGACACUAUCUCAGAGGUCUAGAAUACCGUUUGCAGCUGAUGGAGCUUCUGACUUUGUCAGGUGAUACAGAGUCCACUGAUGCUUCCAGUGAAUGAAUUGCCCAGGAGCCAUUGUAAUUUCUCUUCUUCCUUUGAGGUCUGGAAAUCGAUAAUACUCUUAUGGUCAACAUUUUUUCUCACAUACCGGAAUCUGGGUUCUUCCUGAGAGUACUGAGGCAGUUUAAUCAGACUCACUGUUCUGAUGAGGUUCUCUGCAGGUUAACAGGAAAUGCUUGGCCACAUGGUCUGAUAAUUAUGAACUUUCAUGGUUUGUCCACCUUGUGUUUGUAUUAUAAUGUUACAGGUUUCUUUUGAUGAACCUCCUUUUUUGUUUGUUUAAUUGAUAGCUUGAACCUUGUGAUGGCUAUAUCUAUCAUAACAAAUUUAACAAUUUUGUGUAUUUAUUUAAUGCAAAAGAAGUGAAAGGCUU